GCUGGAGUCUGGGAAGAAGGCGGUGGCGGUGGAAGGCGGGGGCGCCGUGGGGGCCGGGCCGGUGUUUACACAGCGGCGGGCGGGCGCGGACGCAGAACCCGGCGCGGCGGCAGCACGAUGGUCAUGGCGCAUUUCGUCGAGAAUUUUUGGGGGGAAAAAAAUAGUGGCUUUGAUGUCCUUUACCAUAACAUGAAACAUGGACAGAUAUCGACAAAAGAACUAGCAGAUUUUGUACGAGAAAGAGCUACAAUAGAAGAGGCGUACUCCAGGUCAAUGACAAAACUAGCAAAAUCUGCAAGCAAUUAUUCACAACUUGGAACAUUUGCACCAGUGUGGGAUGUGUUCAAAACAUCUACAGAGAAAUUAGCUAAUUGUCACUUGGAUCUUGUUAGAAAAUUACAAGAAUUAAUAAAGGAAGUUCAGAAGUAUGGAGAAGAACAAGUAAAGUCUCAUAAAAAGACUAAAGAAGAAGUUGCAGGAACUCUGGAAGCUGUUCAAACCAUUCAGAGCAUAACUCAGGCCCUCCAGAAAUCUAAGGAAAAUUACAAUGCCAAGUGUGUAGAACAAGAACGUUUGAAAAAGGAAGGAGCUACACAAAGAGAAAUAGAAAAGGCAGCUGUUAAAUCUAAGAAAGCUACAGAUACCUAUAAACUCUAUGUGGAAAAAUAUGCAUUAGCAAAAGCUGAUUUUGAACAGAAAAUGACAGAAACAGCUCAGAAAUUUCAAGACAUUGAAGAAACUCAUCUCAUUCACAUAAAGGAAAUUAUAGGAUCCUUGUCAAAUGCUAUAAAGGAAAUUCAUUUGCAAAUAGGCCAGGUCCAUGAAGAAUUUAUAAAUAACAUGGCUAACACGACAGUUGAAAGCUUGAUACAAAAAUUUGCUGAGUCAAAAGGCACUGGGAAAGAAAGACCUGGCCUUAUUGAAUUUGAAGAAUGUGAUCCUGCUAGUGCAGUUGAAGGUAUAAAACCAAGAAAAAGAAAGACAUUUGGUUUGCCAGGAAUAAUUAAAAAGGAAAAGGAUGCAGAGUCUGUGGAAUGCCCUGAUGCAGAUUCACUUAACAUUCCUGAUGUAGAUGAAGAAGGCUAUAGUAUAAAACCAGAAGCAAAUCAAAAUGAUACCAAAGAGAACCACUUCUACUCAUCUAGUGAUUCUGAUUCUGAAGAUGAAGAACCAAAGAAGUAUCGGAUAGAAAUAAAACCUAUGCAUCCAAAUAACUCACACCAUACAAUGGCUUCCUUGGAUGAAUUAAAAGUGUCUAUAGGAAAUAUAACGCUCUCCCCAGCAAUAUCUAGACACAGCCCAGUGCUGAUGAAUCAGAAUUCGUCUAGUGAAGAGUUAACAAAAUCGAAACCAUCUGCUGCAUCCAAUGAGAAAGGGACCAGUGAUUUACUUGCAUGGGACCCUCUGUUUGGACCAUCUCUUGAUUCAUCAUCUUCAGCUUCGUUAACUUCAUCAUCAUCAUCAGCCAGGCCCACAACUCCUCUUUCUGUAGGCGCCAUUGUCCCACCUCCAAGGCCUGCUUCCAGACCAAAGCUUACUUCAGGCAAGCUCAGUGGGAUUAAUGAAAUACCCAGGCCAUUCAGCCCACCUGUAACUUCCAACACCAGCCCACCUCCUGCUGCUCCUUUAGCUCGGGCAGAAAGUUCUUCCUCUAUCUCAUCAUCUGCUUCAUUAAGUGCUGCCAAUACUCCAACAGUAGGUGUGUCACGAGGUCCCAGCCCUGUCAGCCUUGGAAAUCAGGACACCUUACCUGUGGCAGUCGCCCUUACAGAAUCUGUUAAUGCCUACUUUAAAGGAGCAGAUCCUACCAAGUGUAUUGUGAAGAUCACUGGUGACAUGACAAUAUCAUUUCCAAGUGGAAUUAUUAAAGUCUUCACUAGCAAUCCGUCUCCAGCUGUGCUGUGCUUCAGGGUGAAAAAUAUCAGCAGACUAGAGCAAAUUCUUCCAAAUGCACAGCUUGUGUUCAGUGACCCAUCACAGUGUGACUCGAACACAAAAGAUUUUUGGAUGAACAUGCAAGCUGUUACUGUCUACCUCAAGAAACUAUCAGAGCAAAAUCCAACUGCUUCUUAUUAUAACGUAGAUGUAUUAAAGUAUCAGGUAUCAUCAAAUGGUAUUCAGUCCACCCCUCUAAAUCUUGCAACAUACUGGAAAUGUAGUGCUAGCACCACAGAUCUUCGAGUGGAUUAUAAGUACAACCCAGAGGCUAUGGUGGCACCAAGUGUGCUUUCUAACAUACAAGUGGUGGUACCAGUGGAUGGUGGAGUCACAAAUAUGCAGUCCCUUCCCCCUGCAAUAUGGAAUGCAGAACAGAUGAGGGCCUUCUGGAAACUGUCUGGCAUUUCAGAAAAAUCCGAAAAUGGAGGUUCUGGGUCCCUCAGAGCAAAAUUUGAUCUUUCAGAAGGGCCCAGUAAACCCACAACACUUGCAGUGCAGUUUCUCAGUGAAGGAAGCACGCUCUCAGGAGUGGAUGUUGAACUUGUAGGCACUGGCUAUAGACUUUCCUUAGUAAAGAAGCGGUUUGCCACUGGACGAUACCUGGCGGAUUGUUGAUGGACCUAGCAAAGUGGUUGGCUCAAGGGAGUGAUACAGACCUGCAUUAUCUGUUCUUUCCAAACACUAUUCUAACUUAUGUUAUGUCUUUAAAACUUAGACACAUUUGAAAGCUGACUGUAAAUAUUAAGUUGCACCUUCGAAGUGAGUCAUCAAAAGAAAUAGCACUGAAAUGGUUUUCAACGCUGUAAAUGAUCAACUGCAAUAUUCAGGAAGCACAUUGAUUCAGAUUGUCAGUAAAAAGUUUUCAUAGGCUGAAAUUUUAAAUUAUCUUUAGUAUCUAUUCUGAAGAACGGGGUUAUAGUGUAAUAUCAAGCCUAAACUUUCAGGAGAGCAAGCACAAAGUAAUUUAGCUUUCCAUAAAAUUUUAGAGUCAGAGAUAGCUUUGAAAUUUUGUAAGUUUGAUACUGAAUGGAUUCUACAUUUUGGAUAAUGUUAAUUUAGAACACUCAAUCAAAUUGAGUUAUGUGCCAUAAAGUAAUCAGACCAGAGUCCAAGUUGUAUGCAAAAAAUUUAUCAUUUGAUUUUUAUAAACAUAUAACUGUAAAUGGUGUUUUAUAUGAUUUUUUAAUCCUCAAGUGCAAUGUAUUUUAAAAUAAGCUUGCAAAAGACAGAAAUUUACUUCUGCAGUUAACUUUAUAGAAGUUGUGAUUGUUUUGAUGAAUUAAUGCUGUAGAUUUAAUUUAUUUUUAUAUGGAUUGCAUAAUGUGUGCCUUUUAAAACAAUAACAAAAACCAGAAAUGUGCCUAUCCAGUUUGUGUUCAUAAACGUGCCUCACUUUUUUCCUCACCGCCUGGAUCUUCUAUUCAGAGUUUUGUGGUGGUCAAGCAUAUUACAGGAUAACUGCAGUUUUUGUAAAUGACUGUGGCUGGAAUUGAGAAGGGAAUUCGGAAUAACUAAAUGAUAAUUGAUACGUAAGAACCCUGGCUCACUUCUUUCGUGAAACACGGUUGCCACUAGAAAGAGAAAGACCUACCUAAUGACUUACGUUUACGGGGGAGAAAAUUAACCUUCAGCUAUUCGACCUUAACUUUAUCAAAAGUAUGUAAAUCUUAAAUUCUAAAAAAUUAUAAUGGUAAAUUGGUAACUAGUAUUUUAUCAUUGGAAAUUUUAUCAUUUAUCAUUGGAAAUUUAUUUAUUGAAUGUGUUGUGAGCAUGCAUUUUGUAGUAUUUUGUGAGGAACAUAUUUUAGAAAAGAUUAGUUCUGGCAUUAGAGAAGUCUGCCAUUUGUUUUCAUUUCAGUGUUUGGAAAAAUUACCAAUUUGUUUUCAAAGUGAUGGGUUAGUUAAACAUUUCUUAAACUAAUAAUUAAAUAGUAAAAAGCCUAACUUUAUAGCAAAUACUGAUUAAUUGAAGGAAUUAAAUAUUUUGGACAAGGUUUCAUAAUCUACAAAUGGAAAUUUUAUUUAUGAGGAUAAAUACCAGUUAUCCUGCAUUUUGCAUAGAAGUGAUAAAUUGUGUUAUAUAUGAUAAUUUAUAUAAAAACCACUAACUGUUCUGUUAAGCUUUACAGAAAGUAAAACUCCUACUACUAGACAUUUAUGUAACAUGUUGCUAUACUAAAUACAGCAGAAAAUCUACUUGUUAGCAAUAUAUGUAACGCAAUAUGCGCUUUUUUAAUAUAUUCAGUGUUAGCCCAAAUCUGAAUUUAGAUUUGACUAAAGUAAUACAGGAGACAAUUUGCUGAAAUGGUCAUCUUGACUAAAUAGUGAACAAAAUUAGAAAUUCUCUUACAUUGUGCUCUUUUAAAUGCCAGUUACAGUCCCUGACUGAAAUCUUAACUGUAACUGCACAGCAGUCAGACUUUUAUUGAUCAGUUAAUAUUUUAUUACUGGAAUUCAGACAUCAAUAUCCUUACAAUGUUUGUUUUUAAUCAGGUGUUACCUAAAAAUGUACAAAUUAGUGAAGUGGUUAAACUUCUGCACUUUCUUAAUUACCACAGUCUUCAUACCAAGUGUCAGUACAUAAAUUUGUAUUGGGUGCAGGUUACAAUUUUGAAGCCAUAUGAGUUUAUGGAGGUGUUUUGUUUUUGUUUUUGCUUUGGUUUUUGUUUUUCAUCUAAAACCCCAUUAAUGUUGUAAAAAAAAAAGACCAGUAGAUUUUCAAAGGGAAAUGUGUUUAGCAAGCUGGUUCUUGCUUAUGUAUAGUGAUUAAACUUUGUAGCUGUCUCUUUAACCAAGAAUUUGUAAACACAGAACUCUAACAAAUGUGAGUUUUUAAGAAUUGUUAUUUACUACUUUGAGUUGUAAUUACAACAAUGCAAAUCUAUCUUACAAAAUUUUGUAAAUAUUUUUGAUUUUUUCAUAAAAUGUAAAUUUUACAUAAAAGUUGUACCAUUAAUA